AUGGCGGCAAUUCUGCGUUCUUCAGUGAUUCAGACAGUUCGUCGUGCCUUCUUAGGGUCAGGGAAGGGGACCCUCUCUGUUCGUGCUCUCCACACUUGUCGCAGCAACCGAACGGCGCUAGUUAAGGGGCUCAAGUCAAAUAUAUCGUUGCCGCAUCUGGAGCAAUGGUUGGUUUCAAUAGCCGCUGUUGACUCGACACCGGCCACCGGCGGCGGCUCCAACGCAGCUGACCGCGCCACUACUGACCCUGAAAUCCCCCCUCCCGCAAUCCCGCCUAGGCGCCUUCCGGUCACAGAGCCCUGCGUCGUCCCUCGGGCCCCGUGUCCGAAGGCCGACGCCUGGCCCCGCCUGCUCUUUGCCUUUCGCUGUGCCGCUGCAUCGGUCCUUCAUGGGCUCAUCAUUCUGGGAGCGUGCGGCCAUCCGCAGUUCAGCAUCGCCGUGCCGUGCCUCCUGGGUUAG